GGUGUGAGAGAACUCGUCAAAAGGUCAUUAUUUUUGCUCCACAAUAAUACUCCGGGAAUUCGAAGUGAAUUUAAACAAAAAACUUUUCUCCAUUUCCUCGUAGAUCAACGCAACGAAACCCGCAACAAUGGCAAACACCGUGCGACUAUUCUCCAAAGUCAAAGACAGCUUGCUGUUAUCUGGCGUCAGAUAUUGCUCUGUCUACAAUCAAACGAGGAACAAUUUGAAGUUGAACUCCAAUACGAAAGUUAUUUGUCAAGGAUUUACCGGAAAGCAAGGUACUUUUCACUCUCAACAAGCCAUCGAGUACGGAACUAACCUCGUGGGUGGUGUAAGUCCCGGCAAAGGCGGCAAAACACAUCUUGAUCGUCCAGUAUUCAACAGCGUCGCUGAAGCAAAAGCCGCCACUGGAUGUGAUGCCACGGUCAUCUACGUUCCUCCGCCACGUGCUGCUGCUGCCAUCAUCGAAGCCAUCGAGGCCGAAAUCCCCCUCAUUGUCGCCAUUACCGAAGGUGUUCCGCAACACGACAUGGUCAAAGUGAAAAAUUUGUUGCUCAAGCAGAACAAAUCGCGUCUCGUGGGUCCCAAUUGUCCCGGAAUUAUCGCGCCCGAGCAAUGCAAAAUCGGCAUCAUGCCGGGUCACAUUCACAAGCGCGGCAAAGUUGGUGUCGUUUCGCGCUCAGGUACCUUGACGUACGAGGCUGUGCAUCAAACGACGGAAGUCGGGCUCGGACAAACGUUGUGCGUUGGCAUCGGAGGCGAUCCGUUCAACGGAACCGAUUUCAUCGAUUGCUUGGACGUGUUCUUGAAGGAUCCCGAAACCAAGGGUAUUAUCAUGAUCGGUGAGAUUGGAGGUGUUGCCGAGGAGAAUGCCGCUGACUUUUUGUCGCAGUAUAACACGGGCAUCAAAGCGAAACCCGUUGUCUCAUUCGUUGCUGGCUUGUCAGCUCCGCCAGGUCGUCGCAUGGGUCACGCCGGUGCCAUCAUCUCCGGCGGCAAGGGAGGCGCUCAAGACAAGAUCAAUGCAUUAGAGAGAGCCGGCGUCAUUGUAACUCGUUCACCCGCGCAAAUGGGCAAAGAAUUGUACAAGGAAAUGAAACGCUUGGAAAACAUAGAAAACAAUAAAAAAUGAUCCGAAAACUAAAAAAAAGACUAAACUAACAAAAAAAAAACACAAACACACACAAAAAAUUGGAAGCUCGACCGAAUUUUGUAAGAAAUUUUUUUUUAAACAAAAAUUUUACUGCCAUCAUCUCAUAUUUUUUUCUUUCUGGGCUAAAACUACAUAACACUCUAUUCAUUAUUGUUCAAUAAAUUAAGAAAUAAAAGUUGUUAUGCACCAAUUUAAAAAAUAAAGAAAUGCACCAAUCGAUGUAAAAAAAUAGACAUGCUAAUUACUAACACCUGACUUGCUUCACUUUCAUGGGAAAAUUAACAAAAAACCAAAAAAUUAGAGGUUUCUCAUUAAUUUCUGUCAACUUUAGUACAUUAAAAGCCAUUUUAUUCUCAGGAGAAUGUAAUCACGGUGGAAACGCUUAAUUUUCAGUAGAAGCAUGAAAUUCUUUUCAGAAAGAAGGUGAAAAAAAAUUUAGAUAGAAUAUUAUCAAAAAAAUGCAUGAAAAAUUUCGGUUCCUGGGUAGAAAAAAAAUUAUUUGAUUUUUUUUAAUUUUUAAAUUUUUCUUCUGUUUAGCAACCGCCUACAAGGGAAAAAUUUUACAACAGGAAUCCACAAACUGGACUUGAAUUGAUUUUUUUUUUUAUUUUAAUAAUUUUCUAGUCGGGCGAUUUCUAAAUUCAAAAUUUGAGUUCCUUUUUUUAAUUAAAAAAAAAAAAAAAUUAUCCAGUAUUUUUUUUCGAAUUUUUGGUCCUUUUCAUGUGUUUUAUCUAAAAAAAAUUAUUUACUUAAAUUUUUUAGUUGUGAAAAUGUAUUAAAACUUUUUUUUUGUGUAUGUUGAAAAAAUUUA